CUCAUAUCACAACAGUCAUUACACUACCCAUUCAACUCUCCCUACGCUUCAUACUCAUCUCCUCCUACUCCCCUUCGUCACUUAGGAAUGUCACAAGAAUCCACUGAAUACAAGUCUGCAGAUUCACUCCCUGCAUACGCCUACGACUCCACAGCCCAUCUCCGCCCUUAUACAUAUCCUCGCAGUAGCGUACACGCUUUCUUCGACGAUACCCGGAUCAAGAAGAAAAAAUGGUACCAACGCCCAUAUGUGAUCGCUUUGCUUGCUCUCUGCUUGCUCGCCGUCGUCGCUCUCGGUGUAGGACUUGGAGUGGGGCAUACACUAGGAAGGGCGAGUACGGCUGCUACCAGUUCAGGGGGCACAGGCAGUGGGCAAGCAGGCACUCCUGCACCUAGCAACUCCUCCUCUCCUUCACCAACCUACAACAUCACCGCCUUCGCCCCACUUCCAAAAUGGAACUGGACCGACCCAUCCCAAAAACUCAUCGGCAUCUCCCUAGGCAACUACCUCGUCCUCGAACGAUGGAUGAGCGAGGACUGGUUCGUCAACUCCUCUUCCCCAGACGCGUGGGACGAGUGGACAUUCUCAAACUUCACCGGUUCGGACGCAGCGGGGUUGUUACAGGCACACUGGGAUUCCUGGGUCACCGAAGCGGAUGUGGACACGGUUUGGAAGGCGGGGAUAAACACACUGAGGAUCCCUACGGGGUACUGGGCGUGGAUUCAGACUGAAGAGGGGGAACCGUAUGUCCAAGCAGGCCAGUUAGACCGCCUGGAGAGAGUCAUGAGCUGGGCCUACAAGCGCGGUAUGUACGUCCUCAUAGACCUCCACGGUCUCCCAGGCUCUCAAAACGGCGAACAGCAAUCAGGACACAACACCACAGACGUGCGGUUCUACCAACCCGCCUACCAAUCCCGGGCCGACGCGACCCUCUCCACCGCACUAGGCUGGAUCAGCGCCUCCCCCUACCGGUCCACCGUCGCCGGGAUCGAGGUGUGUAACGAGCCUGUGCCGAACUCUGCGGAUAACUUUAGCGUCCUCCGUGCGUUUUACGAGAGGUCCUACGCGGCGUGUACACAGCGCGACGACCCGGUGCCGAUGAUCUUCCACCACGGGUAUCCGGAUACGGACCACCUCGCCUACUGGCUAGACUUUGUCACAGGCAAAGACCCCAACUACCUCAUACUAGAAGAUCACCCCUACCCGGGCAACUUCCCACUGCAAACAGACAGCCAGGACAUCCUCGCCCAAGUAUGUCAAGACGCUUCUUCCUACCAAGGCUACCCUGUGCCUGUAGCGGUGACAGAAUGGUCCCUCACGACAGGGCUGAACGGGAGUAGCUUCGAAACCCGGUUUUAUGAACAGCAAGUGACGGCUUGGGCCUGGAGCGCGGGAGGUGUUUUCUGGUCUUUGAGGGCUAACCAGUCCCUGCUAGGAGUUGCAGCUGCACCUCCGGAACAACAACGCCAGUACUCGUUCUUGGACUUGCUAGGGGAAGGGGUCGUCCCUCUGCCGCAAGGGAACCAGACGAGUCAGGAGUAUCUACAGAGCUUGCAGGGGUUGGAGGGGGGCCAGGGCCAGGGGUGCGGGCCGGUGCCUGGAGAGAAAUGGGGAAACGCGAGUUAUACGAGUGUUGCUGCGGAGCCGACUUAUACGAGUGGGGAGUUGACGGUCAGUUUGCCGGCGGCGACGGGGAUCGCGGUGGCUUGAGAACUGACACUCUGUUUUUUCUGCUUUGUUCUCGUUCUUUCGCGUUGUUUGAUCUGCCACCUGCUGUAUGUGGGCGGGGGGGAGGGGACGAGGGGGCGAGGCGCUGGACAGCCCGUUCUUUAAAACCCGACGUUCGUUCAACCCCACGCUCGUUUUGACUCUCUCUCUUUCUCUCUUUCUUACAGCGCUGUUCAUACUGCCAGUGCAUGGGAUGUUGCUUCCCUACCCCUUGGAGCUGUGCACUGCCGAAGGCGAGUGGCACAGUCCUUUGUAGCUCUUUGUUGUUCUUCGCGUUGUUGUUGUUUGUUGUCUACCCUCACUGUUGUUUGCCAGCAUGUUCUUCCCCUCCUGCGACGUACUACGUACUACGGACCACGGACCAUCUAUACUAGCGCUAGCCCGCAGCCUGUAGACGACCAAACUGUAGAAUUAAAACACGCGUUUAUCUU